AUGAGCAUUGCAUACCUAAAAAAAAUCCUACCCUUGAAGGAAGAUCCUCUUGACGAAGAGCCCAAUGAGUCGUUACUAGAAGAUCUCUCGAGCCAUGAUAUGGGGCUUCUAUCGGCAAAAUACCAAGACUUUCUCGACUCCAUUGGGCCUCUAAAAGAGAAGCUAGAGCCCAUUGAGCAGUUUCUCGACUACUUCAAUUCAGAAGUUUGCAAAUUGUCUGAUUCCUUGCUAUCACUCCAGCAGCAGUCGGCGCAGCUCUCGUCGAACUUGGAUCUGCAGAGGCUUCUUGUCGACAAGCUCAAUCCUGUUAUUCUAGAUUUGAUCAUUCCGCCCUCGGUAGCUGAAAGUGUGAUCAACGACACUGUGGAUGAAAAAUGGGUUGAAAACAUUCGCUUCAUUGUGGAAAAACAACAACUUAUAAAGAAAGUGGAGGAAACUCGAGUGGACUCAGAUGCGGAACUGCUGUUCUUGGCUCCCUACAAGGACUCACGGUCGUUCAAAGAGCUUAAAAAGGAUAUCAAUUCGCUAGAAGCCAAGGCAAUCGAGAGAAUUAGAGAUCAUGUCAUCAAGCAAAUUCGAUUAUUACGAGGUUCGUUGAAGAGCUCGUCUCAAGUGAUACAGGAGGGUCUUUUACAAAUGAAAGAAGCAUUUUACUUCUUGAGAGAGAGACAGCCGCAGCUUUCUAAUCAACUACAGCUCGCAUACAUCUUCACCAUGAAAUGGUACUACACCACAAGGUUCGCUAAGUACCUCUAUUCUUUGCAGAAGCUCAAAAUCAAGCAGAUCGACAAUGGCUAUGUCUUGGGAGCCAACGAGCACGGAGAGUCGAAGUCGGGCCUCUUUGGAGGGAUCCUUGAAUCAACUUACUCCUAUGCCUCCUCGCAAUCCUCGCCUACCUUGGGAAGUGGUCCUGGUGCUGGCACUAGCACUCAAGGUAACUUGAGGCCAAGUUUGAACGAGUAUUUCCUGUCAGUGAGGCAGAGGUUAGAUAUUCUUUCUGAUACUGAUGGAGAGAAUCGGCGGUCCAUUCCGUCCCAAAUUGCUGAAACCACUCCUUUUGCUUACUGGUUGGAGUUUGUCUACAAUCAGUGGGCGAAUGCGUUGCUUGAUAACGUCAUUGUUGAAUACCUUUUUUUCAUUGACUUCUUUCACCAAGGAGAUGAAAAAGCGUUGCCGGUACAAGAGCUUGAUCCGGCCGUCAAAAUGCCAGUAGGUCCUGAUCAAACGUGGUCUCAAGUUGUAUUUGGAGAAGCUUAUAGAAUGGGUCAGGAUUUUGUUCAUUGGCUACUAACGAAUUCUCAACUGCGAAUUGGAUCAAGAAUUGCCUCGGGGGCUGGUACAGGUGCUGCUUCAGCCUCAGGCUACUCCUAUGGUGGAACAGGCGAUGCCUACGCAGUGUUACUCAUCAUUCGUUUGGUUCAAAAUCAUCAGUACGCACUUCACAACAGGUUUCAUGUACCGUCAAUGGAUGAUUACCAUAAUCGCCUUCUUUUGCAGCUCUGGCCGUGUUUCACCAAAGUGAUUGAUAUGAAUUGUGAUGCGUUAAAAAAGAACUUGUUAGGCUCCGGGACAUAUUCUUCCAGAAGCGCAGAAAAGCAUCAGGCUCCACUUAACGUGACCCAGCAAUUCUCACAAUUUCUUGUUGGCCUUUUAAAGUUAGCGUUCGUAUACGACUCCAAUUCAGAAAAGAGAACUUUCUUUCAGGGAGAACCAAUUUCGAUGUCGAUCACCAGAAUAAGAAACGAUUUUGAAGGAGCGUUGACGAAAGCAAGUAAUCACAUGUUUGGAUCUGGAAAGAGUAAGGCUACACAGAAAGAAAUCUUUCUUUUCAAUAAUUACUUUCUAGUCAUGACUAUUCUUCGAAAUGAAUUCGACUCUCUGGACAACGAGUUCAUUAAAGAGCAGACCAGACACUUCGAAAUGCUCUGUGAAGCUUACCAGCAGAGAAGGUAG